AGAGAACACUGUAUGUAACAAGAUUAUAAACUGCAUGGCAGAUAUUACUGUUCCCAAUCUAAUCUGUUAAAACGAUAGAUUGGCUAACAUACAUUACAAUUGGCAUGUCAAAUCAAGCUUAAUUAUUAACAGAGAUUACCAGGGCCCCAGCACCAAGGCCUUUUCUCACAAUCGAUUCACUUUCUCUAAUAUAUACUGUAUAAUGUGGGGAAAAAUUCUGAUUAAAUGCAGAGUGAAUUUCCCAGCCCUUCAAGUACAUAUGAUGAGUCCCCCCUCAUUAGGAUGACCUAAGAUCAGAUGGUGGUGUUUCCAGACAUGCUUGAAGAUGUUCAAGAUGUAAGUUCUCCAGGAGAGGCCCAUCUCUCUAUUCCACUAUCUCUCCAGGCACAUUUGAUGGAAACAAAGGAGAACAGCAGGUGCUCCCAGACUUUGGAUCUUCCUCUUUUAAGAGGUUAUGAUGGCUCCCUUUUGCUCGCCUUCUCUUGUUUUCACAUACAGACUGUGCAUAGAAUUUGAGCAGCUUUGAUGAACAUGAAGAAAAACAGUGGUCGGACAAGCCGAAAGAGACAAAGAAAGAGGUCUAGAAUAUUUUCUUCAUAUGGAGAAAGUCUUAGUCACAAAGACGAAUAUAUAUUACUUAAGAAGUGGCUGAAAGAAAGAGGCUGCAAUGUUAAUAAAAUAAGACCUGCUCAAUUUCCAGAGACAGGAAGAGGUUUGAUGACCACAAAAGGCCUUCAGGUUUGUAUACUUGAGAAAGGGCAGGUAGGAGAGCUGAUUAUUUCUUUGCCUGAAAGAUGUUUGCUCACCACUGAGACUGUACUAAAUAGCUACCUCAGGGAAUACAUUGUAAAAUGGAGGCCCCAUAUUUCUCCUUUGAUAGCACUGUGUACUUUUUUAAUAGCAGAGAAAUUUGCCCAAGAGAAGUCAUUGUGGAAACCAUAUCUAGAUCUCCUGCCUGAAAUAUAUACCUGUCCAGUUUGCUUGGAGCAAAGGAUAGUGAACCUGCUUCCUGAGCCCUUGAGAAGAAAGGCCCAGGAGCAAAGAAAACAAGUCCAAGAACUGUUUGUUUCUUCCCAACAGUUCUUCUUUUCCUUGCAGCCUUUGUUUCCUAAAGAUGUUAAGUCUAUUUUUAAUUAUCAUGCAUUCAAAUGGGCUUGGUGCACCAUUAAUACAAGAACAGUAUAUAUGAAGCAUUCACACAGGGACUGCUUUUCUAGAGACCCGGAUACAUAUGCUUUAGCCCCAUACUUGGAUCUACUAAAUCAUAAUCCUGCUGUCCAGGUGAAAGGUGGAUUUAAUGAAAAGACAAAGUGCUAUGAAAUAACAACACUUAUGCGCUGUCAAAAAUAUAAAGAAGUUUUUAUUUGUUAUGGCCCUCAUGAUAAUCAGCGCCUGUUUCUGGAAUAUGGAUUUGUUUCCAGUGGUAAUCCACAUAGUAGUGUUUAUGUUGGGACAGGUAUAUUGCUUAAAAAUGCAUUUCCAGAAGACAAACAACGACACAAGAAACUUUCUUUUUUACAAGAGCACAGCUUUUUAGAUGAUUUGACAUUUGGCUGGGAUGGUCCCUCUUGGAAGCUUCUUACUGCUCUCAAACUGUUAAGUCUUGAAGCAGAUCAAUUUACAUCCUGGAAGAAAGUGCUUCUUGGUGGUGUAGUAUCAGAGGUGAAUGAAAAGAAGAGUGUGGAUCUUGCAGCAGAAAUAUGUAUGUCAUUGAUCAAGGAAACACAGCAUGCCCUGCAGAAGGUUUCUGUCUUAAAACAUGAUUGUGAACAUUUGAGAACCCAGCUAGAUUUGGUAGAGGCACUGCGUAUAGAAGAGCUAAGAAUUUUGCAGCUAUCAUCUGAAAUACUUCAGUGCUUCCCUACCACAACAGUUUGAUCUCCUUCAGAUAGAACUGCAGCUCAGCAUUCUGAGAGGAUCUUCCAUUGUAGAUGCCACAAUGUUUACUGUAUUAUAAUACUAUUUUACUAUAAAAACAUACUCCUUGCCUUUCUGUGCAAAGCAGACAUCAGGAGGCUUACAGCAACUUACACUGGAUGACAUACCUGUUAGUUUCAAAUCAUGUAAACAGGAUAGACAGAAAAAACAAAACAUAUCCUAAAAGUUACAAAGAAUGGAAGGCAUGUGAGGUUUGCUAGAAGAAUGAUGAAGUCAAAUGUACCUGUCUACAGAGGCCAUCCCAGGGUCCAGGUGCUAUAAUGCAGGAAUCCUAAACUUUGCUAAUAAAGACUAGAAAUGUCCAAAGGGUACUAUUGCUAAAGAAAUUAUUAAGUCAUUCAAUUACAGUAAACUAAGAAAAGGAACUAUGGCGGGAUACAUAUGGGCAAAAAGGGGUGUGUUCAUGACGCCAUGAAGGUAUAGCCUUCAGACGGCCCUUACCUGAAUGCUGCCAUGAACACGCCGCCCGCA